AUGGAAGAGUUCAAUACCACCAUUCAUUGGCACGGCCUCAGCCAGCGAACUGCACCGUUCAGUGACGGCACGCCCGUUAGUCAAUGGCCGAUCGCACCCCACAAGUGCUUCGACUACGAGAUUCAUCCCGAGGAGCAGGAUGCUGGAACUUACUUUUACCACUCUCACGUUGGCUUCCAGGCCAUUUCUGCCGCUGGACCGCUCAUUGUCGAGGAUUUUGGACUAUCCCCCUACCAAUACGAUGAGGAGCGAAUUGUCUUUGUACAAGACUACUACAACAAAACCGAUGAGGUGAUUGAGAAGGGACUUCUUGCAAUACCGUUUGUCUGGUCUGGCGAGGUGAAUGCAGUGCUGAUCAACGGUAUCGGUGUCGCGACUGGCCAGCAAGCUGGCCAAGCGCACUGCGAACUUCCAGUCAUCGAUGUGGAGCCCGGAAAGACGUACCGCUUUCGGUUCGUAGGUGCAACAAUCAUCUCAAUCGUCAAAUUUGGCAUUGAGGACCACCCCAAAUGGGACGUUAUAGAGGCCGACGGCAGCUAUACGAAACCGACCACAGCCGACCACAUUCAAGUCUCGUCGGGCCAACGCUUUGACGCACUUCUUCGUACAAAGUCUGCCGCUGAACUCGGCUCAAAGACUGAAUAUAUAAUCCAAUUCGAAACGCGCGACCGACCGGCCGUCUACACCGGCUUUGCCAUCCUCCGCUACCCUGGUUCCAACAACAAGACAACAACUGCCCCUACCGUCGGCCCUCUCCACCUUCCAAACACGACCUACGACUGGCUUGCAUACGCUCUUGAGCCCUUCGCCCCCAACAACUUCCCUACGGCAGCCGAAGUAACUCGUCGCAUACACAUCACCAUGGCGCAGAUCCGGCAAUCCCUGACCGUCUGGCAGCUCGACGGUCUAAACUGGACCGAAUCCUCGCCGAAGAACACACCUCCCUAUCUCGUCUCCAUCUACAAGAACGGCCGCGCGGCAAUGCCAAAUUACACAGCCGCAAUCGAAAACGGCGGCUGGGACCCCCACACCCUCACAUGGCCCGCCAAACUCGGCGAAGUGCUAGAAAUUAUCGUCGAAAACACGGGCUCCGCCAUCAACAACUCCGGUGGCCUAGACUACCACCCUAUACAUCUCCACGGCAAACACUUCCACCACAUCGGCGAAGGCUUCGGCCCCUACGACCCCGUCGAGAACGAGCGCAAACUCGCCAAUUACACCCCCGUCCUGCGCGAUACCGUCAACCUCUACCGACCCAGUCCCAAAGGCGUUACCGGACAAGUAUCCAGCUGGACCGGAAUGAGGCUUCGAGUUGAGGCUGCUGGCGUGUGGCUGCUACAUUGCCACAUUGCGCAGCACAUGAUUAUGGGCAUGCAGAGUGCAUGGAUUAUGGGUGAUUACGAUGAUAUCGCGGGUAUUCCUUACAGGGGUGCUGAGGGCUAUCUGGAUUUUGGCGGUAAUGCGUAUGCCAGUGAUAGCGAGGAUACUCCGUGGCCGCAAGCCUAUCAUAAUUUCGACUAG